AUGGCCGGUGAGGGAGAAAUGGCCGGGUCUGAGAAUGGAUCAGUGGGCGGCAGCAUUUCACGAAAGCAGAAGAGGUGGAUACCGGUAUCAUUACGGCCUCCUUUUUUAUUCACAGUGGCUGCAUUCUUUCUAUUGAUGGCCUUGUCGAUUGAAUUUCUUCGUCAGUAUUCCAAUCGUCACCAUGGACUUAUCCAUCUCAAAUCAUACGAACAAUUGGGGAGCCACACUUCAGGGGUAUACACUUACGUGCCUACUGCGUUUGCUGUUUUGGCCGUGGCAUUAUGGAACAUCUGCGCCCUCGAUAUUCUGCGGCUCGAGACGUGGUUCCAGCUAGCCCAGCCAGCAGGGGCUCCUGGGACGGUUCUCUUCACUAAUUAUUGCUUUUACUAUGGCGCCCUGACUCCCAUCAUGGCGGCACGUAAUCGACAUUGGAUUGUUCUCUGUGUGUCAUCGAUUGGCCUGGUUCUGAGAGUCAUGUUGCCUUCCCUCAUGUCUGGACUUGUAUAUCUUGACGAGCCGAUUAUCGUCUCCACAAGACAUAUUGACACCUGGCCCAGUGUCGUAAACCUGGAGACACAAAGCGCUUGGCUAGAAAGCGCGGCAUAUCUUUCCAAAGAUAGGACGGAUACCCUGGUGGAUACAUUUUUCUUCUACCAAACUCCCGAUUACUCAAUACCACCCACCUCGAGGCCCGUGAGCCGCGGCUCUGGGGGCUCGACGUGGGCACUUACGCAAGACGUCUACUGGGCCGAAUUGAACUGUAUGAAGACUCAGUCAAUUGAUAUAAGUCCAAGCAUAUGGACUGACCCUACAUCCGCGGAAAAGGCUCUCACAUGGAACGUUCGUGAAGACAAAUUCCUAAAUGCAGACUCUAAUUGUCGGGUUGAAAUUACUUUUAACAGUACUUCUCCAACCGAAAAUAAAAUAUCCCAAAUACGGCAUUGGGAGCCUUUGGACCCCAAUGGCAACGGAUUUACGUCUACUUUGAACAGCACUGGCUGCAAUUCGUUCUCGUUGAUUGGACUCAUCAUUGAUGUUGACGCCACAUCAAAAACGUUGGCUUCCAAAGCCACGGUCUUUGGAUGUGCCUCUUCGUAUCUACGCGCAAAAGCAGCCAUAACGCUGCCUGCAAAUUCCUCUGUUGUCGAUGUUACGAGUGUCUCGAACACGACGGCCACGUUAGCCUCAACGGACCUCAGUAUUUCAAAGUUCCAGAACCUGCUUUUCGCAAAAUAUCUCCAGGAUGACCUUUCGCUUUGGGACAACGGUCGCCUAAUCAGUUCAACUGGGGCUACAGGUGUGAAUGGUACGUUGAUACCUAGCGAUACCCAUCGGAUUAGCGUUGCUCAAUACGAGCGAGAUGUCAGCAGUCUUUGGAAUCGGCAUUUUGUCGCCUCUUUCAACAAUUUCUUUGACACAACUAUUGAUCCUGCGCGGCUCAAUGUCACUCUCAAUACCGCCACAAUUGUAUACAGCGUUAUUGGUCAUUCUGCUCUUGUUGCCGAGGCUCUUCUUUUUUCAGCCUUUAUACUGCUCAUAGUGGUAUCCUUUUUUUAUCCACGACGACCAAAUUUUCUCCAGUCGGACCCCGGAUCCAUUGCAGCGCAAUGUGCCCUAAUCACCGACAAGCUUUCUUCUCUCCACCAGUUGACCCCUUCUGGGUUGGACUACACCCGAGCCACACCUCGACAGCUUCGUCGAUUUGCUCGCACGCUGUGGUGCAAAUGGACCAAUGGGCCUAGUGGAAAUCGCCUGGACAUAACCUCUCGUGAGGGACAUGUCUUAUCACCGUCAUCUGAAACGUCUCGAAAGCGGCGCAAGAUACGACCCAUUUCCCGACCGCAUUUCCUAACGCCACCAUGGUUUGCGGUGGAAUUUUUGCUGAUGGCAGGUGUUUUGGGUGCAUUUGGAGUGUCAUUCCAGUUCAUUCGCGUGGAUAAGUUUGAUACGUCCGACUCGAAUGGAACGUUAGCUGUCGCGUAUUUUUUAGUAUACGGCCCUACUGUGAUCGCGUCCAUGAUCAGCUCCCUCUUCGUCUCUAUCCACAGGCAUAUAGGCUAUAUGGAACCCUGGAUACAGCUCAAGAAAGGGAUGGCUCUAGCUACAGAUUCUCUCACGGUGAAUUACUGUUCCCACACACCUUUAACGGUCUGGAAACUGUUCCGUGAGAAAAGGCCUCCUCUCUUGGUCAUGCUAUCCAUUGUUUGUAUGCUUGAUUAUGUCUUGACCAUCGUCAGCAGUGGAAUGUUUGAGCCGUCGGUCGAAUAUUGGACGGAGCAUACAAAUGCCUUUGCGGUGCAAUAUAACGGCUCUCGCUUCUUCAGCCCGGAAGUCCGGGCACAGUUUACUGGCAACAGUCUCAUCUCGGAUAGCUUGGUCACCGGCAAGUCCCUGCUCUCGUGGACUACCCCCAGCCUAUCUUUCUAUCCACUUGGGAUCAAUGACCCCGAUGCUGAAUGGACUGAUUGGACAAUGUAUACGGCCCGCACGCGUGGGGUUGGAGCCGAGCUUCAGUGCGAAGAGCUCGAUUCAAGCCAACCACGGUAUGACAAUGCCUCAGGCUCCUCAUACUGGGACUAUACUACUCCCGCGGGCACCAACUGUACCGCCGAGCUGCCAAGUCAGAUUGAGCAUGGCCAGUCGGUCAACGCGACACUUCAUUUUGGAGCCUCACUGAACUCAAGCAUUGCUUGUGAAAGGUCUUUCCUCGUGGGUCUCUUCGGACACCUGAAUAGCACCAAUAUCACAGACAAAGCUUUGGCUACAGCAAAUCUGGGCGUUUUCCAUUGCAGUCCAAAAGUUAUAAUCGAGGAUUUCGAGGUUCGUUUUAAUCCCGACGGAAUGGUACACAGCUCCACGCCAAUACCCAAGACCUCCAUUACAAGCGGGCCGAUGUUCCAAAAUGUUUCCAAUAGUCUUGUGCCAUUCAGCCAGGCCUUCAUGCGACAAACUCAAGCCAACACCACCUGGGCGGGGCUUGUAACAACCCAAGUCUACGAUAUGCUCAUCUCUGACCCUACAUCUCAUCAUCAUUCCUGGUCACAUCCUCACUCCGAAUUUCAUUCUAAAGCCCAACACGCAUAUUCCCACAGAAACGAAACCCGAAAGCAAGCCUUGGUCCACACCCUGCAAGACGUGUACCAAGCAACAUUCAGCACAUACACAACUCUCCAGCGCGACCUCUACCUCUCUCCCCUCGAUCAAAACGCAAAUAAAACUAUUGUUGGCACUAUUUCGGCCGCGGUGUGGGAAAUCUACCCUUCCAACACCACAAUCGUCAUCAUAAUCAUUCUUCUCUCCCUCGAUCUGUGCGUGCUCGUAGCCGUUUUUUGGUUGCGCCACGAUCAGUAUGCAGGCCCACCAAUCCCUCGCUCAGUUGGAUCUCUAGUUCCAUGGAUAGCAAACAGCAGUAUGCUGAAUGACAUCCGGGAUACUGCAGAAUGGACUGAAGACGAGCGGAAAAAGCACCUCCAGCUUUUGGGGCACCGGUAUCGGUAUGGAGAGUGGGACCGAGAAGGUGGACGGGUCGCGCUUGAUCAUGAUGAGAAGCCUAUGACUGAAAACGAGUAUGAGAUGAAUGAAUGGCAAUUGCCACGCUCUGAUCAAAUAGAGGACACUCAAACAUCCGGCUAA